ACCAUGGACGCUGCAACACAGACAGACGUAUGGAGUCCAGGCUGGGCGGCUGAGAGAGGAAAGAGUUUAAAAAUGAUGGAGAACACAAAAGAGGUUCUGAAGAGGAUCCAAGCAGAGAAGGAAGCUCUGACGGCUGCCGUGAAAGAUUUAAGUGAAGAGCUCCCUCCUCCUGUUCUCACUCCGUAUGACUCUUCUCCAAAUCAGACAGAGUCGGAGCAGGCCGUUGAGUUUGUGCAGUUUGAGCAGCAGAAUGCCGGGAGGGUGAAGAUGGAACGAUUAUCUCCUGUGGAGAGUAACAGCUCCAAACACACACACUCUGAGCAGGACAACCUGCAGUAUCCUCCUCUACCUGCCACCACCUUCCCCUCCACCCUGAGCAUGGCAGCGACCUCCUACAACAUCCCACAGAGAGUGCACGUCCGGCUGGCCCUCAUCAGGAACCCGCCCGGCCUCUCGGUGCUCUGGAACGUGGAGGAGGAAGACCCGUGUGCUCCACCCAUGAAGAAGUACAGGAUCUACAUCACCAUGGAGAAAGUUAAAGGCAGCGGCGUUUUCAGCGACUGGAACGUCCUCGGUGAGGUGCAGGCCGACCGUCUGCCCAUGUGCGUCCUGAUCAGCAAGUACAAGCCCGGACACAAGCUGUGUGUGGCCGUGGUGGGCGAGGACAAGUUCAGCAGGUUUGGACCCUACAGUGAGAUUGUGACUGCUGCCUUACCUGACUAACUCCAGGUGAAGGGGAGGAGACACAAGCUGUUACCUGAAGGUUUGAUUCAUGCCACGCACUCGUUUAAAGUCCCUCUGUUGUUUUAAAGAGGUUGACAUGAAGUAUUUUGGAGGACAGAAUGGGAUCGGACCAUACAAGCAUUACUGCCUCCGUGGUGCCCUGAAGUCAGAUGUGAAUCACCUGUUUGUUUAUUCUGCCUCCACUGUUACAAAAAAAGUACUGGUAUUUUUUUAAGAAGAUAAUAAAUCUGUUUUUAUUUAAAUGUAA